AUUCUCUGUUUUUGCAGCCUGUCACCCGCGGAAGUUAGUCGGUGGAGUGAGAAAGAAGAUGUUAAUGUGUGUGGUUAAUUUGCAUGAGGUGUGAAAGGUCUCUGUUGUUUCUGCCGGACUGUUUGACAUUUUGUUGCAUAAACAAAGGAACGGAAAAUGUUGGAGUGCGGCAUGCUGGAGCGAGACAAAAAGGCUCUCCGGAGAAACUCUGCUGUUCUGUGCAAACAGCUCGUCGUGGAUGAGCUGCUCAUCCAAUCACUGCAAGCUGAUGGCAUCCUUACCGAGAACAUGGCAGAAACCAUCAUGGCAGAGCAAACAUCUCAGAAACGUAGCUGGCGUUUGUUAAUUCUCCUACCAAAACGAGGACCUGAAGCCUUCCAGAGCUUCUGCUCGGCUCUGAAGGAGACUGAGCAGCAGCACCUCUAUGACUUGAUAGCACAAUCCCCCGAGAGGAGCAGCAGAGAGACACACGUGGAUUGUAUUCAGGCUGAGAAAGUACCAGAAGAAAAGUCACGACGACCGGAGAAGACACGAAAUUACGGAGAGAGGACUUUGAGGAGUUCUCCCCCAUUUCCAACUCAGGAGGAAUACGCUGCAAAGAGAGCAAGGACACACGCAGAGUCCAUGGAGUUCAGCCUCGACGCCGACAGUCCCAUCAACACUCCUGUUCUCCCGUGCGGCCCUGACUUUUAUCUGUCUCACUGCAAGCAGUCCUACAGAAUGAACUCCUCACCGCGAGGCUUUGGCUUAGUCAUCAGUAACGUGAGCUUUGACUCCUGCUCUGCUCCUGGUCUUGACCCAAGAAAAGGAGGUGAAGUGGACGAUGAAGUUCUCAGGAAGGUUUUCACAGAGCUGGAUUACCACGUCAGUGUCCACAGAGACCUCACUGCUCAGGGUAUGAGGACGUGCAUUGAGAACUUCUGCAGGCGGUCCGAACACAGGACAGUGGACAGCUGUGUGGUGUGUUUGCUCUCUCACGGAGUGGAAGGAGCAAUUUAUGGCACAGAUGGACAACUUAUCCAGCUGGACUGGGUGUUUGAGGCCUUUGACAACGCACACUGUCCUCUGCUUCAAAACAAGCCAAAGAUGUUUUUCAUUCAGGCCUGCAGAGGAGAUGAGAUGGACUGUGGAGUUGAGCAGCUGGACGGGCCAGGGAGGACGUCUUCACCGAGCUGUGAGCAACGGGACGCAGGGAGGGAGGCAGAGGGGGACGCAGACCCCAGACAGAGGCGGGACGUGGGGAGGCCCAGGAUUAAACUACCUCAGCGCUCAGACAUGAUCUGUGGCUUUGCGUCUCUCAAAGGUCAGAGAAUUUGCACAGCAGCAAUGCGAAACACCAAGCGAGGGUCCUGGUUUAUCCAGGAACUGAACACAGCACUCCGCCUUCAUGCCAGGGACACACAUCUUUCAGACAUGCUGGUGCAGGUAAAUGCACGUAUCAAGGAGAGGGAAGGUUACGCCCCAGGCACCGCCCACCAUCGCUGCAAAGAGAUGUCCGAGUUCACCAGCUCACUCUGCAAAGAUCUCUACCUUUUCCCCAAGUACCAGCACCAGUAUUGAUAUGCAGAAACGCACUUUAAACACACACGCAGAUCAUUCCUUGCGUUGAAGCCUUUCCGUAAAAGCUCAACAGAACUGCCGGUUAUUACCUGACGUUCCCCCCGUUACAACUUCACAUCCACUUCUGCUCAAACCAGAACACACAUUCACACCUCCCUUAUGUUGUUCCACAUCAACUCUGAAAUAAGAAGCAAAAUAUUUGUGUUUAUGCCAGUUGGGUUUAAUUGUAAAUCCUUUUCAGUCAACUCCGAAGUUCAUCAAGUCUCUUCUUAAAAUCUGUAUUUUGUACAAAGAUAUAUUUUUGUGGCUUCGUUUUGUAUGGAAUUGCUUUUAUAUGAAUUUUUUAACCCACGCUUUUUAUUUGUUCAUGUUUGUUAUAAGUUGUGAAGACAAUUUGUUUUUAGUGUAGCGACAGGCAGAGGGCAGCACCACAGAGACAAAUCAUUUCAUUCCAUCGCCUGUUAUAGAUCAAUAAUAUUCUCACCCUGUGGUUUUGCAGACAAAUAUAAAUCAAAAGAGGUUUAAAAAGAAACAGGUUAAAGAGGUUAUGUUUUUAUCCACUCACAGGGCGUCUUCAGACGGAAGUCUUUCAGUCAUUUAUUCUUUUCGUUUAGCUUUAAAUGCUGAGUUGGAAGAAUGCAGCUUUAUAAAUGUUUUUUUUAUGUCUUUAUUCGCUUAUAAUUUUUAAACUUCUCCUACCUACUACAUGGUGAUGGGCUGGAUUUUGGUGCUACUCUCUUAUUUAUUCAUGUACAGUAUAAUUCCUGACCUUUAUUUUUAUAGUAUCUUGCAAAAUUAUUCAUACCCUUAAAUGUUUUCAUAUUUUCUCACAUUGUAACCAGUGAAUUUUAUUGGGAUUUUAAAUGAAAACGACAACACAAAGUAGAGCAAAAUUGGGAAGUGGAAAGAAAAUGUUUUACAAAUAAACGCCUGAAAACAUUAGUAAACCCUCACGUCCUGUCGCAGACACUUAAUUAGAUCCAGGUAUGAACUUUGUCAUCUAAAUAUGCUUUAAUCUAAAUUGUUUUAAUGUAGCUCUGGCGUUAUGUUUAGGGUUUAAGGUGAGCUUCCACGACUGUCUCUUGUUUUUUUAUUCUGCUUUGUGUUUAGCUUCAGCUUCUCUGUCCCUGCAGAGGAGCAACAUUCCCACAGCAUGAUACUACCACCACCAUAUUUCACCAUAAUGAUGAUGUCUACACUUAGUCAAACCUAUUUUUAUAUUCCUUACUGUUUUAUAAACUAACCCUGCUUCAAACGUUUCCACAAGUUAAUCAGUGGCCUGCCUGUUGUGUUUCUUUGUAAUUUUGGAAAUUAUAUCUCCCACUUUGCAAUCAAGCAUAGCUUUGCACAAAACUCAGGUGAAAUAAACGGAUGUUUGCAGUGAUGAUGUGACAAAAUGUAAAAAAGAUUUAAGGGUUUAAGAGGUAUUGAUACUUUUGCAGGGCACUAUAGUGUAUAUUUUGUAAAAUUACUGUAACUGAUACAGUCAGGAUAAACGAUGUCUUCCAUAAACAUGAAGGAGUUUCCUUCCAGCAGCCUGUGCCAUGUGAGGAUUUUCUGUUUGAUAAACUCAUGACCAUGGUGGAGGUUUUAUAGUAGUUGGCCUCCACACACAGAGGAAUAUCUCCAAAGCCUGUGUGACAAUUAAAAGCCCCCAGAGAAGCCUCGAUGGGGUGAAGUAUGUUCAGUUGCGUCAGUGUUGUUUUGUGGGAAAAGUAUGUAUCUGAAACGGUAUUGGUUUGUAACUAUCUGGACACGACCAUGCUUCUAAAGAUUACUCCGCUGUGGAGCAGAGAUAUUCUUUUUUAUAUUGAUAUAGUGGAGAUAUAAUAUAAAGAGAGAAGCUGGUGUGAAAAGUUUAGUGAAGAGUUUUGACGGUCAGACUUUAUUGUACCACACUGUGUUAAAGGGGGGCUGAGGAGAUGUUUUCACGACCAAAGACUGCCAAAUGUUCAUUACAAUAAAAAAAAAAACUUUGAUUUUAAAA